AAUACUAUUGAUACAUUUAGGCCUUUACUGCCACCCACAGCAAACAUUUAAAGACCAUGAGAUCAGACACUGAGCAAGUCAGGAAGUGUUUUGUGGUCUUGGACUGUAUACUUUUGUAUCAGAAAUCUACAACGAGCUGCAGCAGGACAAAACAGGACUAAGAAUAGAACAGCAAUGCAGGACUAUCGUGCAUGUCGUGUUUCCAUCUUUAAAGUGCUCAUGUUUGUGAUUUUUAAGGGUGUGUGUGUUGCUUUGGCUGACACAGUGAUGGUGCUCAAAGUUGGGAGCUCCUUGGAUCUUCCUUUUAUUAACCCAAUAGAAUCAGGGUUAACAGUUCAGUGGAAGUUCAAUAGAAACACUUUUUUUGAAUACAGAACAGACCAAAAUUUCACAUUUCUAGAAUCCCAGUUCAGUGGAAGAUUGAAGGAGAACUAUAAUCCAUUUGGAGUAACUGUACAAGAUCUUCAGCCCCAAGACUCUGGAACAUUCUCGGUUGUUGCAAAAAGCAUUAGCAGACAGUAUACAACUCAAAUAUUUAAAGUUUAUGUUCAAAGUCCCAUAACCUCUGUACAGAUUGAGAAGUCACAAACAUUGCCGGUGUCCACAAACAGCUGUGAUGUUGAUGUGAAGUGUGCAGCGCUCGGAGCUGAAAAUGUCUUAUUCCUAUGGAGUGGCUAUAAAACAGCGCGUGGAGCUCAGCUGCAGUUCAGUCUCUCACCAGCAGAAGGAGCCGUUAUACUGAACUGCACUGCAGCUAACAAUGUCAGCUCCAGUUCUGCCUCAGAGACACUGAGCUGUAAACAGACCAGGACAAGAGCUUCAGUGUCGGUGCCGAAACUGAUCAGUACUCUAAUAGCAGCCUUUCCGUAUCUCCUGGUGACAGUCAUUCUGAGUGUAAAAUGUUACAGAGCUCAUGGUAAUAAUAAUGACCAAUGUGCCAUGGCAGUAAUUGAAGAAUAAGUGCUUUGUUUCCUCUUCCAUCAUCUGAGGAGUGAGCUCUUGGGUCUUUCGUUGUUUUUCUGUAAAGUUCUGAAAUCUGAAACGGAUUCUGCUUACAGAUUCGAAUCCUUCUGAAUCGCUUAGUGAAUGGAUCAGAAUCUAACAAGUCCUUUGGACCAGUAGGGAUUCUGCCUGCUUUUGCCAUUGAUUUCCACUAGAGGGCACUCACCGAAUCAUUAGAAUUCACCGAAUCCCUCGACUCCUGACUUAACCUCACAAGUCACUCAUAUCCUGUGGUUCUGUAUCUUCUGGCUGGGGGCUAUACACGGAGGAUGGCAGAAUGCAUGUAACACGACAGCCGCAGGCACCUUAAGUAUGUACCCAGGUUUUGUAUACAGAAACACUCUGGCCAUGACAGGGGCAAUUCCAGGUGGGACGGGGCCACGGACAGAGCCUGCAGAUCCCCGAUCCUCUUCAGGGAGGAAACGUGGCACCAGAGGGUGCCUACCCAGUGACUGCCCCACAGGCAGGGUGAUAUAUGCUGCGAUGGCGGACACAUAAAGCUUCAUGGUUGAAGGGGUUAAACCUGUGGCAAACUGUUCCUGCAAGAACUACAGAACUUAACCAAUUGGGCAGUUAACUGGGUCUAAGCCAUAGUGCUCACACCAUGACUUGAACAGCCGCCACCGUGCAAUGUAUGACCUCCUCGUGGAGGGAGCUCUGGAAUGGAGUAGGGUCUCUGCUACCUCGGUAGAGAGACCACCCCCCUCAGGGGUCACAGCCACAGCUUCCACAACUCCAGGCGGGGGUGAACCAGGGUUCUGCCCGCCUGCGAGAGGAGAUCACACCUUGGAGGAAUUUCCCACGAAGGGCCCUCGAGCAGGCACACCAGGUGCCUCAACACUCUCUAGAACUCCCGAAAGCAGCACGAUUGGAAGAAAGGCGUACAGGCGUAUCCUCAGCCAUGACUGUACCAUUGCAUCCAGCCCUAACAGGGCUGGGUGAGAGAGAGAGAACCAGAGUGGACAGUGCGAAGUCUCCCGGGUCUCAAACAGAUCCACCUGGGCUCUAUAGAACCUCUGCCAUACCUGCUCCAUUACCUCGGGGUGGAGUCACCAUUCCCCAGGCCUCGGCCAUUGUCUCAUCAUGGAGGGGUCUGUGAAAUC